AUGAUGCCAAACUUCCAAGCAGCGAUGGGCUCGCUCCUCUUCUCUACAAUCGAGGUCACUCGACAAGCCUUCUACCGCACAUCCCUCUCCUACGCCAUCGUCAACCUGAAGCCCAUCGUACCUGGACAUGUGCUUGUCAUCCCCACGCGUCCAGUCCCGCGACUAAGUGACCUAGAGGAGCCAGAACUUACAUCGCUCAUGCUCGCUGUCAAACGUGUUGGAACGGUGCUCGAACGCGCUUACGGAGCGGACGCCCUGACGAUCGCUUGUCAGGACGGCAAAGCCGCCGGCCAAUCCGUCCCACACGUCCAUUUCCACCUACUCCCUCGCAAAUACACGGGGGACCGGUUUGCUGGCGCCAACAACGACAAGAUCUACCCCGCGCUCGAGAAGGCCGAAGCAGAAAUGAUGGCCUCAGAGCCUCUAAGGGUCGACGCGGAUGAGGAUCGGAAGCCGAGGUCGAUGGAAGAGAUGGAGAAAGAGGCCACCUGGCUCAAGUCGUUCCUCCAGGACUGAAUGAUAUCGGAGGUUUCCAUAGUCCGUCGACAAUAGCAUGCAUGCGGGUACAACUCUAGGACUAGCAGGACAUCGACGGCUUGAGUAUGACCGCUGGUAUAACCAUGAUACAGAAAUAGAUGCACAAAUAAGUAUGAUAGCCUUCCUAUGCCCCGUCAUUACCUGCCCAAUGAUCAGUCGCCGAUCUCGUCUGGCGAGAAUACACUCACCGCUCUCCUUAGUCCAAUCAUCGUGUCUUUUGAUAUCUGACUCGGUGACAGUCGGCCUGGUCGUGGACAAGCUCUUCAAGAAAUCGCCGACCCGCAAAGGCGGCUCGAGCAACUCGUCCGACUCGACCUCCGUCCAGCUCUUCUCUACAGCGUCGCCAUCGCCCGGAGAACACGGCGUCCACUUCUUUCCACCCUCGGCCCGCUUGAAAUGUGUCGCGGAAAGCACCUUCCGCACCGGCUGCAUCAAAGCAUCUCGCACGACGAUGGAGAUAUCAGACCCAGAAUAGCCUUCGGUCUUGUCUGCUAAUACCCGGUAAUCUUUCUGCGUCAUCUCGCACGGUGUGUCGCCGACGUGCAGCUCAAACAUGUGCCGCCGUGCUUCGGGUCCAGGAAGCGGAAUGUAUAUUCUCUUCUCGAAUCGUCGCUUGAUGGCAUUGUCAAGCUGCCAGGGUAUGUUGGUCGCGCCGAGGACGAGCACACCUGUGUCGUCAUGACCGACACCGUUCAUUUGAACAAGGAACUCGGUCUUGAUACGCCUUGACCCUUCAGAUUCCCCCUCGCUUCGGGAUCCCGCCAACGAGUCGAUCUCAUCUAUGAAGAUGAUAGAGGGCUUGUUCUCGCGGGCGAGCUCAAAUAGCUGUUUGAC